AUGACAAGAAUUGAGCGGAUACGCAGUGAGAAUACAACGUUUGUUAAUAACUUUUGGGGCCAUCGAGACUCAGGAUUUAGAGUUAUCCAAACAAAAAUAAAGCAUGCGUUGACAACACUCGAAGAGUUGUUAGAUUUUUACAAAGAAAGGAUUCAAAUAGAAAAGGACUACAAUAAGAGACUAGAGAAGCUUAAUGGGAAAAUUCUCUUGGGAUCUCGUGAGACGGGGUCGUUGAAGAAAUCACUCGACAAAUUGGCGUUAGAAAAUAAACAUAUGGUGAAAGAUAACUCAAAGUUUAUAAGAUCUUUAACGCAAACAAAUUAUGACAAGCUUAACCAUUUCUAUUCUAUUUAUUAUAAAAAGGUUUCUAAGAUUGAGCUGCACAUGCAAAAAAUUAUUAAUAAACAAAAUGAUCUUUUUAAAACCUUGGAAAUGAAUAAGAAUAGAUACCAGGAAGAAUGCUCUCAGAUUAAAUCCCUUAGGCUACUCGUGCAGACUACAUGGGGUAAAGAAUUAGAAAAAAAUGAGAACAAGUUAAACAAAAUAGUAGCUUCAAAUGCUAAUACGAAGAAACACUAUCAAAAUGCAGUGACAAAUUUCACAGAUCUAAACGAAAUAUUUGUACGGGAUUGGGCCAUAGCACUAAAAGACUUUUAUCAAUUGGAAGUUGAAAGGAUUCAAAUUUGUAAAGUUAAUUGCUUCACUUUCUGUAAUAAUAUUGCAACAUUGUGCGUUGAUAAUGAUCAAUCGGUUGACUUGGCAAGGUCAGUAUUCGCUUUGGUAUCACCACCACAAGAUUUACAAGAAUUUGGGGAUGCAUAUGGUACAGGUGAUAAAAUGUAUAACCCUCCUGUAUUUGUUGACUUUAUGAAUGGAUAUGAUGAUGGCCAAAGAGAAUCUGAAUUCACGAGAGCAGAAUUUGAGAACCCAGACAACGAUCAGUUACUAUCGAGAUCAUAUUCAUCAUUUUCGCAAGGAACGCAAAGAUCAUCGCCUACCCAAGAAGUAACGGCCAAAGCCCCAUUACCUCUUGUAAAGGAAACUUUGGAAAAGGCUAAUCUCCCCUUACCUCCAGCUAAUGAUAUACCUAUAAGUGCACCAAAUGGGUUCUUAGGGUCUCCUACUAGAAAGCCGCCAGCUGGAUUUGACAGAACAAACUCGGUUUAUAGUGCUCAAGAUAAAAAUGAUGUUUUUUCUGUUGGUGAGAAAGAGAAAAUUCAUAAAUUUACCAACAGUAAUGGCUCAUCUAAUUAUUCGAAUCCUACCAACUACACCGGUUCUAACUAUUCAGGGUCUUCUAAUACAGAAAGAAACUGGGCAUCUCCUCGUAGAAAGGAGAAACAAUUAACUCAAUUUCAAGAGCAGAUUAAUUUGAAAUCGAAGGAAUUACCCUCGUUUCCUCAUAACCCACAUGAUACUAAUGAAACAGCUCAAAAUGUUCCUAUAAUAAAAGACUUUUCAAUUGACUUUAUUGCUAAAGCGUUGGAAGACUUGAAUUCGGGCGGAGAUGGUGACAUAAAUCAAUAUAGAAGAUCUGUCAGAGGAACAGGGAACCACGAGGAAUCAAGAGCUAAAACUGCUCCAUCCACACCAUUUGGCAAAAUGAAAACGCACUCCGAUUUCAUCAACGAUCGCGAUGAAAUUGCAACAAGACAUGAUUCCAUAAUGUUCUCUUCGCCUACAAGGAAUCAAAAUAUUGCCAACAUGGAUGGGUCACCUGUCAAGGGAAGGAGACAAAGACCGAAGUCAAUGCUCGAUCCUCUUUCCAAUGAUAGGCUUUCAGACUACCAAAUUGCAGACCACAUGGACCAACUGGUAGACACAUGCAUAAUCAAAAAACCUAAUGACCAAUUCCAAAGUCCAAAUAAAAAACCCCAAAGAUCCUUACUGAGGUCACCUACGAAAUCUUACACGAAUCUCAAUGCUAUGAUUCAACAACCUUCAAACUCCGAUUUGACUUCAAUAGGAAACACUCCUUACAUAUCAAAGGCAAAAGCUUUGUAUACCUACAAACCACAGGAUCAUGGUGAAUUGUAUUUCAAAAAAGGUUGGUUUAUGUAUAUUAUUCACAAACAAGAAGAUAAUUGGUUCGUUUGUGAACUAGCUCAAAAUUGUAAUGAUAGAGCUGGUAUGGUUGGGUUGGUUCCUGGUAACUACUUGUCUGAGGGAGGACAAGAUUUAUUUUAG